CGUACCUGCCGUUAAUGGCUUUUCCGUCUUUGUCGCCCGACGACACUUUGAACACCGGUGGUUCUAUAAAACCCUAUCACAUGAACUGUCGCGAAAUCAGUUAUCAGCCUGUAAUCCACAGAGAAACAUCCGUUCUUUUCGCGUUCCGCCGAGCAAACUAGGGGUUGCCACCCGGGAGGUGCGAUAGUGAUCUUCGAUUGAGUGUGAGAGCUUAAUAGACUGCAACUAUCUCCCCCCUCAACUAGCCGCGGUGAAUUUUCUGGUAACACAGAUUCACGUGUUUUCCGGGGAAUCGGCGAGUCUGGUAGUGUUCUAAUAGUUGACAAGUGGUUAUACAAACAGUUUUAUCUGCUGGCGAGGUGCUAACUUGCGGUUUGCGUGGAUUGAAUUAUUGUGUAUUUUGCCGUGAAUCGGAAUCUAGAAUACUUCAGUGCCACUAGGGCAGCGGUUCGGGCAGCAACAAAAAGCAACGAAAUGAAAGUAUCAACAUCAGCAGCGAUUUGGACCACUCUGGUGGCGAUAUUAUUCGUGGGAGUUCCAACCGCCUUCAGUGCUGGACAUCACCGCUUCGGAUACACCAAGCCGGAACAGCGCCGAUGGUCGAAGGCCCAUGAAAGCUGCGCGGGUAAACAUCAGUCCCCGAUCGCCAUCACCAGCAGCAAGGCGAUUCCGCUUAACAUGCCCGGCAUAGAACUGGUCGGAUAUAACAAUUUGCUACCGGGGCCAAUCACACUCCACAACAAUGGACACUCAGUAUCCUUGGGAGUUCCUAAGACCGAACCCGCGAAAGGCAAACAUCCGUACAUCUUUGGAGGCAAAAUGGAGAAUGAGUAUGAGUUAGAGGGUCUCCAUUUCCACUGGGGAGACAAAAACAACCGUGGAGCAGAGCAUGUUCUUAACGACAUUAGGUAUCCACUUGAGAUGCACAUUAUCCACCGAAACAAGAAAUACAAAAGCGUGCCCGAGGCUCUGGGAUACGCCGAUGGUCUAACGGUGCUUGGAUUUUUCUAUCAGGUUAGCGAGCAUGACAGUGCGGAGAUCGGCAGCCUGCUGCGGUCCUUCCCGCUGAUCGAAGAAUAUGAUCACCAGGCUCACCUCAAUUUCACCUUUACUCUCAACUCGCUUAUCGGUGAAAUCGAUUUGACUCGAUUCUACACCUACAAAGGCUCACUCACAACACCACCCUGCUCGGAAGCCGUCACAUGGGUUCUGUUCUCAGACCCGUUGAACAUUUCUAUCACGCAGAUCCGACGAUUCCGGCUGCUCGACACCGGUAUGCAUGGUUCUCCGAUGGUGGACAAUUACCGGGCGUUACAGCCCCUGGGUAAUCGGCGCAUUUUCGUACGGAAAGUGAACGCGCGUAACACGCCGCUCGAUGUGGUGCAGAAGGAAAUCGAUUACACCCGUUUUGAUUGGGUGUAUUAGGUGGGUGGGGCAGUUCGACCUCAUUUUGCACACAAGCUGCACAAGCGUUACCAAAAAGAAAAUUGUUUCAUUUAAUACAACUCGAUUGACACUUCUUCGGUUUAGGUGUGCAUAGAAGCAAAAUCAUAGUGCAAAAAAUAUAAAUCCUCAACUUAAAUAGAUUAUUUUAGAAUACUCUUCCUGAAGAGUAGAUUAUUAGUUAAAACUAAACUGUAAGCAAUGCGAACCAACGAAAAAAACAUUCCACGUGUUGGCUUUGGUUCUACGUUAAUGUCUAUAAAUAAUAGAGAAUAUCUGUUAAUUCGAAAACUAUACAUGUGCGAAUAGUUUUUCUUUCUAUCGGUUACAAAAAUCUAAACAAUUAUUGUGAGUCCAAUCGAUACUGCUCCGUUGGAAUGGUAGCAAUAUUACAUCAUCUGGAAUGUAUUGUAAAAUAAAAUGUUAUUAGUUUUUACGUACA